UAAGCUCUCUAGUUUUUUUAGAACCAGGCUGUUACAAUAAUAUACAUAUACAUGUAUUAGUAUUUUGAUAUAAAUAUUUGACAUUUUCGUUUGGUCUUUAUUUCUUUGAGGUAUAUUGAUGCGGAGAACUAAAACAUUGAGGGUAUUUUGGUUAAUGAAGUGAGGGGGAAUUUUGGGUAAAACAGAGAAAAAAGGUAAGUUGUACACUCUUCUAAGUUUCUUGAAUUUGGUACAGUGAAACCCCGCAUUACGGCCACCUUGGUAAUACAGUCACCUCGUUAUUAGAGCCACUUUUUUGGCAGCCUGGCAAAAACCACCAUACAUUUUCUUGUAAAAAAACCCUCAUUAAUACCGCCACCCCAUUAAUAUGGCAAAAUUUUUUUGGCCCAUUGAUGACCGUAUUAACAGGUUUCCACUGGUGUUGCUGACAAGUGCAAUCUCCUAAUAACAUAAAUACAAAAGAUUCAAAAGCCACUAAAUAAUACCCACACCAAAAGCAGGAGGAAACCAACAAUUCUUUUAGCAACACCAAGAAGCACUCUUUCUCUAUCCUUUCCUAGAGACCUGCACAUUUAACAUGUUUUCCUUUUGCUAGGGGCCAUUUUUAAGUACUGGAUUCAGAGAAGUAGCCCCCAGACAUGGUAAGGUGGCAAAAUGGAAAACCUGAAGAACACAGAGUUUGGACAAGAUGCCAAUUUGAGAGCUAGAAAGGUAGGUAAAAUACAUGUACAUUAUUUUGUUAAUGCUUGCAGUGAAAAUAUUUCUAAUGUGUAGUUUAAGUCAUCCACUUAGUGAUUUAUUUAGCCUGUCCUGUAACAGAGAUGUGCUUUGGCAGUGCCUGGUGGCCCCUGUUGCAUUACUGUUGCUCUUGGGUGACAAGGAAGUCUUAGUUUGUUCAAACACAUUUAUCCUGGGUACCUGGAUCUUUCAGGUUAAGGGCACAAGGGUCUUUCAUUUUUUAAGGAAACAACACAUGUUUUGCAUCUUUGUCUUAUGCAUACAUAAUUUAUGAUUGUUAUAGAAUGCACGAGUGCCACACCCUACCCCCCUUUGACAUUUUUAAUGUUAACAGUGUCCUUCCCAUUUAUAUGCAAGGUUUCAUUGUAGUGUAAAUUGCUCAGAGUAGAGAGCAAGAACCAAAUCUAAAGAUUCAAAAUAGUCAGGGUGACUAUUUUGCCAGACUAAACUGUUGCUGAAGAACAAAGUAAAUGUUAAUUAAAUGUUUAUCACAGUAGUCAUGCCACUGUGACUAAAUAUGUUUUUUUGGUGUUCAGAAAUUGACGAAUCGCACAGACGUGUUGGACAAGGCACACCUUUCUCCGGAUGACAAAGCCAAAACAAAGGCUUUAUUAGACCUACACAAGGCUAUCCAGGAGAGUGAAGACAAUGAAGAGGGGGGCAGUGAUCCAACACCCAGGUACAUCAGGCCACUAUGCUCAGAGAGGUCAAAGUUAAGAAACAUCAAUGCUGUUCUUGACGCCUUUUGUGAAGCUUGCAUGUCAAAUAGGCAAAGAAAGAGCAGCUGGGAAAAUAACCAGAGG